AUGGGUACAAGAGAGGAUGAAUACGAUUAUUUGUUCAAAGUUGUUCUCAUAGGAGACUCAGGGGUGGGUAAAAGCAGUCUUCUUUCACGUUUCACUAGAAAUGAAUUCAACCUAGAAUCAAAAUCCACAAUAGGAGUGGAAUUUGCUACAAGAAGUAUAGAGGUGGACGGCAAAACGAUAAAGGCGCAGAUCUGGGACACCGCGGGCCAAGAGCGAUACCGCGCUAUCACAUCGGCGUACUACCGCGGCGCAGUGGGAGCGCUGCUCGUGUAUGACAUCGCGAAGCACCUCUCCUACGAGAAUGUGGAACGGUGGUUACGUGAACUACGCGAUCACGCCGACCAGAAUAUCCUCAUUAUGUUGGUCGGCAACAAGAGCGAUCUAAGGCAUCUCCGAUCCAUCCCAACGGAAGAGGCAAAAGCGUUUGCAGAAAAAAAUGGUCUUAGUUUUAUUGAAACAUCAGCGCUCGACUCUACCAACGUAGAGCCUGCAUUCCAGAACAUAUUAACUGAGAUCUACAGGAUCGUGUCGCAGAAGCAGAUGCGCGAGCCGCCCGAGGGCGACGUGAUCCGCGCCGACGCCGAGCCGGCCGACGUGCGGCCCGCCGCCGACUCCGUGCGCAAGCAGUGCUGCCAGUAG